AUGACGGAUGAAUCAUUCAGGGGAGGGUGGAAGUGGAAGUGGAGCUUCAUCUGGCCGGAAACGGGCUUCAGUUUCUCGACCUGCAUCCAUCAUCUGAUACUUAAACAAGGUGGUGUGGAGACGGAUGUUCAGUUAUUGGCUGGCCGAGCCACCCAUCGGUACUGUGGUUUAGUGGUGUCCCAAAGUGCUAUCAUCUCAUCCGGAAACCUCCCCUUAUCCCUAUCGCGGGCGCCCGCCCACCUCCCCCAAAUUAGUUGGUCAUCAUCUCCCCCAUUCAUCUGCAUUCCAUCUCUCCAUCUUCCCUCUCUCAUCCUACUCUACCUUCCUACCUUCUACCUUCCACCUUCUUCCUUCUUCCUUCCCCUCCUCCUUUCACCACCUCCCUCUUCACUACGCUUCGCUUCGCCUCCUCUCUUCUACAACCUCAUCCGACCACCUUCCUCACUCCUCAGCUCCAUUGCACCUUCCUACCCGAUACUCCCUAUCUACUACCGACUACCGAUUCCCGACUACUCGCCACCCCGUCCUCAACAACAACCUACCGCUCCCACUAGCUCUUAUUCCAUCUGCUCCUCUUCGCUCAUCAUCGUUGCGACACGAUACAGUGCUUUGACAAGUUCCUCGUCUGAUUAGACCAACGUCGUGAUCUUCUCCACCUGCUCUACUUCAGAACAACCCGCACUGGUUUCGUCGCCAACAGCUUGAUCGAACCUCUUUUCCUCGGCUGUCUCGUCUUUUGCCUGGCCUUCCCAACACCUACCCCCCCGUGACUCAUCCGUGCUCCCAAGCCAACCACGUCGAGAGCUUCCUCGGACCCACGUUUCGUCGACCUUACAGCAGACUGUCCUUUGAAGCCUUGCUACGUUUCGAUUGCAGACAAUACGUGUGAGGGUGUCGCUCCGCUCUGAGGUCAACACUGCUUUGUUGUCCAUCCGUUCGCCGCGCAACCUUGGCCGGGUGCUGGUAUUCGGUUCUUCAGCUUGCCCACUCACGGGACAGAAGACCUUACCUACCAGUUGUCCAAAGCC